AUGGCGAGCAUACAAGCUAUCAGGGCGAAUUGUCGCAAGGUCAUGUGCAUAGGCAGGAACUAUGCAGACCACAUCAAGGAGCUGUCUAGUGCUACGCCCAAGCAACCCUUCUUCUUCCUGAAGCCACCAUCAUCUAUCUUGCUACCAGGCGCUGGUCCAGUACUACGACCUCGUGGUGUGAAUAUGCACUAUGAAGUUGAGCUCGGUCUCAUCAUGGGCAAGACAAUAAGGGAUCUGCAUCCCGAGGAUACCAAGGGUGCUAUGGAUGCUAUAGAAGGUUAUGUUCUCGCUAUCGACAUGACUGCACGUAAUGUGCAGGAUGAAGCGAAAAGAAAAGGCCUGCCAUGGUCCAUUGCGAAGGGUUUCGACACCUUCAUGCCCAUCAGCAACUUCAUCGCGAAGAGCCGGAUCCCAGACCCACAGAAAGCACACCUUUGGCUUUCAGUCAACAACGAGAUGAAGCAAUCCGACAACACUGAACUAAUGCUUUUCCGAAUUCCGAGACAACUAAGCGACAUUAGUAGGGUCAUGACGCUAGAAAAGGGCGAUAUUGUACUCACAGGAACGCCGAAGGGCGUGGGUCCAGUGAAGACGGGCGACAUUAUGCGUGCGGGACUCAAAGUGGAUGGUAAAGAUAUCGAAGAGGCGAACCUGGAAGUACCAGUUGCAGAUCGUGAGGGUUUGUACGAGUUCAGCGAAACAUAA